UUCCAAUCGAAUCACCGUAUUUCGCUCUCAGGUAAUAACAGCACAGCAGACGAAGCGCCUGAGACUGAAGAGACCGAGACUGAAGCGCCACCUUCCAUCAUGGCGGCGGUGUGCGAGGGCCUUCUGGCCAAGCUAAACGAGCUCAUGGACUUCCUACGCUUCGCCAAGCUCCCAGACGCCGAGUUCCGUGGCGUCGUACGUUGCAACUCGUUAUUUCCCGUGUUACUCGAUUUCUCGUCCGCUCAAACCAUUUUUUUUUUCUUUUUUUUUGCUUGUCACCAGGUAACCUUCAUGUUCCGAGCCUCUCCGAACGACAAGAACAAUAUCGCGUGCAUGAGAACCAUCGAUAUGCGUCGAGGUUUGGAGGUGGAUAACACGACGCUGCAUCCUCAAGACCCUUUCCUACCCGAAGUGGCUGUUGUAUACGUGAGUCUGGCGGAUUUUCUGUACAUGUACUCGGGCGAGGCGACAGCUACAGAGAUCGCCGGGAUGGUCAUGUCCGGCCGAGUGUCGGUACCUUGGAGUAGUUAUGGCAAGUUGAAGGCGUUUGCCGAGUGUUUUGACUUCUCGACGGAGAAAUGGGACGCGUACUAUGCGGAUCUGAAGGCUCGCGGGGUCGUGGCGAAGAUCCCGGAGUGCACACAGGCGUGUUGUAAGCAGAGCACCAAGGAGGACAUUGAGGCCAAUUGGCUGCUGGUAUCGGAUGCUACGACCACGAGUGGAGGGGACUGGGAAGUGGUAUCGGAUCUGCAGUGUUUGAAUGUGUCAAAGGAGAAGCGAGAGGAGAUGGACAAGGUGUUUGAUUUCACACCACUGGAGGAGUGGCUGGCCAAACUGUGGAACGGCGAUGGAGCUCGAUCAGCAGACGAACGACCUGCCAGAUCGCUCCAGUCGAACGUGAAGAACUCGCUUAGCGACCUCAAGUCGAUGGCGGGGAGGCUUUUCGUGUCACUGGAGGCGUAGACAAGCACGUUAGGAUUAAUAUGCCUAGCCGGUUUGUGUCAGUUAAGUACAAUAGUACAAAACUGAUUGCGAUCAUUUUGUACAAGUGUUUAUGGC